UUUUAAACCACUGUAAUUUUUAUAUUCUUGGCAUAGAAAAUAAUAAAAUUCAAUCACAAUUAAUUGGUUAAUUAAACAAGAAAACAUAAUACGAACAAAACGAAUGAAUCUUUCUUUAUUUUACUUGCAUCCGCUAAACUUGGUAGAAAUGAUGGCUUGCAAGAGCAAUUUAUAGCAGUAAUUAUCACAAAUAACAUCUAGAAGACCGAACAAGAAAAUAUAAUUGAACAAAAAAUAUUUUUCCUGAAAUGCAUUGGAAAACAAUUCAUAUAUAGUUUUGAAGGUACAACUGUUCAAACUUCAUAUUUAUAUGUCUGAAGUUGUAACUUCACCCCAAAUUUUCAACUCUAAUGUGUGACCACACACACACACAUACACAUAUACAUAUGUGUGUGUGUGGUGGGGUGGGGGGUGGGGGCUGUUGUUGGUUGUAUGUACUAUGUAGGUAUAUCAGGGCAGAAACUUUUGAUGUGUGGUAUACCCUAUUGUUACAUGUAAGGCUACAAUUAUAUAUAUAAAAUCCAUAUAAUUGGGAUGACCUGGUUUCAACAAAAAUAAAAUAAAAAUUUAUACCUUAAGAUGAUUUGGUUAUGCAAUUUGAAAUACAGUUUUCUGCUGAGACAACAAAAAGGAAUUUGGUGAAUUCCAAUUUUUGAAAAACUUUCUUUUGAUCCAUCUACUUAUGAAAACCUUUAAACUACUUAAUUAUUCGCUAUUGUAAUAUUACUCUACAACUAAGAUUAAUCUAGUUCUAAAAUCAUAUAUUACUAUAAUUAUAACAUCAAUUCUGUAAAAGAAUCAAAAACACAAGUUUAAUAUACUAAAUAUGCUUUGUAAAGUAUCAUAAUGAGCAAACUUAGAAUUUAAUUAAUUGAAGGAUCAAAGUAAAUUAUCCUUUUAAUUUUGUUGGUAAGAAACUAAAUUUUCAUAGGAAUAUAUAAUCUCAAAAUUCACGUAUGGAAUUUUUGACCCAUGUUUUCUGUUUAAUUGUUUUUUCUACAGUUGCACCGAAAAUACAUUUAUCCAUAAAAUUUUCAAAUAUCAUUUUUCGUUCUACAAAUAAAAUUACGUUAUUUUAUUUUAAAAUACUCAUAAUUUUUAUGGUCAAACGCCAAGUCUUUGGAAAAACAUUUUUAAAUAUAGUAAAAACAGCAUCUUGUAGGGGGAGGAGGGAUGAAUUGAAAAAUCAGCAAUACCGCGUUUUAUAAAACUAAAAACUUGGCAGACUAGGAGCUUUCUAGGUAGCUUCAUCGCAACCUUUUUCUUUCCUAUAAAUAUGUAUACAAAAAAUCAGUUCCUUACCAUCAUAUCUUAUUCUAUCUGAAUCUUUUAAGUGUCAGAUCACAGUGAUCUUUCCUAGUAUUUUAUAAUAAAUCCAGAAGAAAAAGAAAAUGUACUGAUCAAAGGCGAAGAUGAUGGAGAUGGAUCAUGAAGAUAAUGGAUCAGACAUUGAAGCUCAGCGAAGUUCCCCGCUGUUGAUGAAUGGAGAAUUGGGUAAAUCUAGUUUGAUCAUGAGGAAGUCGGCGCUCAUUUUCAAAUCUACUUACAAGUUCAUUGAAGCUGGAGCAAGAAUAGCAUCUCUUUCACGAGUCUCAUCAUCUUCCUCAUCCUCCACCACAACCUUUUAUACUCCUCUUCCCAGCUUUAAUCUUAAACAUGGAGACGCGGAAGGUGGUGGAGAUGAAUUCCAGAUUGUUGAAACUGUGGCUGAUGUUUAUACUGUACAAUCAAACAAUGAGAUUGAGCUUCAGCCUCAUGAUCUGAGUACUCAUCAACAAUGCUUACAAAUUAGUGAAGAGAAUGUGAAGUUGGAUUCACUUCACAAUUUUGAAGGAGUGAAGGGGAGUACUGUUGACAAGGGAAUUCAAGUUGGAGAAAUUUCUAGCUGCGACUUGUCUCAUCACAGGCUGAUCUUCGCAGGAUAUGGCCAAUUCAUGAUCCGAAAGUUAGUAUGCAAGGAACCAACUAUUUUCCUCCUUGCAGUUGCAGCAAUAUUGUCGUUUGUCUUUGGAAUCAAAGAAGAAGGUGUGCAGAAUGGUUGGUUUGAAGGAGCACUUCUGGUCGUGAUUAUAUUUGUGAUUGUUUUGUUUAGGUUUGCACGAAAUUGGUACAAAAGAUAUCUUUGGAAGAAGCAAAAAGAUCAAAAAGCAAGGAUGAAUUUACCCCCCUUGAUUUCUGAUAACGACUCCAGUUUUUGUGCCUACUUUGACAAGUUGAACAAUUACAUACAUAUCAGUGGGUUGUUGAUUGGCAUUUUGAUCACUGUGGUGCUGUUUAUUCGCUUUAAAUUGGGCCAUAAAGAUGACGAGAGUGGAUACAGAUUAGAAACCAAGGAAGAACCAGCUGAAAUUGCACAGAUAAUGAAUGCCGUGAAAAAGGUUUUAACAGAAUCAAAGGGAACAGUAAGAGUUUUGAUAACCUCACUUGGUGUCGCACUGGUAGGGAUGACUGAAGGAUUACCAUUUCUUAUUUCAGUUGCAAUGGCAUAUUGGUAUCCGAAUUUUGAUGUUAACAUGGAAUCAGUCAGCACCUUCUGUAUAGAAAAUGUUGGCUGGUCGAAAGAGCAAAAAUUGAAAGUUACUAAGUUUCUUCUCGACAGAAAAGAUGUUACCAGGAUACCACCAGAUGUCUGCAGUGUUCUCUCUGAUGGGAUUGGCGUCUCCACUAUGACUUCUCAAACAACCGACCAAAGAAUGGAAGAACCAAUACUUUGCUGGGCAGAAAAGAACAUGGGUAUGCAGAGAGACACUUUGCGUCAGCAGGUCAUCAUUGUGAAGGACAAAGAUAGUGAGAAGAAUCCUUUUGAAGGACCUUGUGGAGUUGUCAUAGAGAAAAAUGGAGAUAACGGGAAGGAGUACUAUUCACACUUCAAAGGACGGGCUGAUUCAAUAUUGUCAAUGUGUUCAAGUUACUAUGACAUGAAGGGUGAUGUGAAGGAUUUGGAUGACGAAACAAAGAGUGAAUUUGCUCAAGCUAACAACAACAAUGUGAACGUAGUUGCAUUUGCCUGCAAACAUACUCAGGUUGUUGAAUUUGAUGAAAAUGGCCUAACAUUCAUCGGUAUGUUUGUCUUAGAAGAUAAUUUCAAUCUAGACAACAUGAGACAAGGAAUUGAGAUUCUAAAAGAAGGCGGAGUGAAGAUGAUAUUUACCUCGGAAGAAGAUGUUGAAGUGCUUCGUACCAUUGGUGAUGAAACAGGAUUGCUCAACUCACAUGAUGCUCUAGUACUUAAGGGCGAAGAUGCUACAAAGGAAAAUGUUGAUAAGGUUUGCAUUAUGGGGAACUCCUCUCCUGCACACAAGCUUCUUUUAAUAGAGCAGUUGAAGAAAAGAGGAGAAGUGGUGGCUGUGGUAGGAGAACAAGCAGCUGAAAGUAAUAUGGUUCUUGAAGCAGCUCAUUUUGGCCUGCCUGUGGUGACUAACUGGCCUGAAACUAUAACUUAUGUGAUUAACAGCAUCAAGGGAGGAAGAAUUGUUUGUGAGAAUCUGAGGCAGUUCAUCCAAGUUGAGGUAAUCUUGGCAAUCAGUAGCUUAUCAAUAAACUUCAUACUGGUUAUAUUAGACGGAGAUGCCCCGUUAACAAUAUUUCAGUUGGUAUGGGUUAACCUUCUUGUUACAUUUAUUGGAGGGCCAGCUUUGCUAAUUACUCUACUAAGGGAUGAGCUUUCUAUCAGACCAAGAAAACCGCCAAUUACCAAAGCUAUGUGGAGAAACAUACUUUUUCAAGCUUCUUAUCAGACUGGCAUUUUUGUAUUCCUUCAACACAAAGGAAGUGCAAUACUGGGCAUCACUCCAAAAGUUAACAGAUCUAUAGUCUUUAACGGGUUCGCUCUGUGCCAGCUUUUUAACAUAUUCAGUGCAAGGGAUAUGGAGCAGAAGAAUUUUUUCAAAGGUUUUGGUCAAAAUUACUUGUUUUGGGCAUUGUCUGUGCUGUAUCUUGUGUUGCAGUUUGGAUUCAUUGAAGUAGAGGCUGUCUUUGUCUUUACCAACACGGCACGACUGAAUUGGAAGCAAUGGGUUGAAUCCAUUUUAAUUGGAGCUGUUACAUGGUUGGUUGAUGUGAUAGUAAAAUGGGCAUCACAAUACAUAAAGAUAGACAAAUAUUGUGAUUGUGGAGGUCUUUACCUAGCUAGAAACUGGUUACAGUAUUGGUUUAUCAGGAUCAAUUGCUGUUACUGUGGACAAAGGAGUACACCAAAUCCAACUCUUGCUUCCUUGGAUUAUUCGAGAUCCACUAGCGGAAAGGUAAUUCAAAAAACUUAUCCAUACUGCCUAAUUACAGUACAGUUCACACAAAAGUCUUCCCUAAAAUUUUGGAUUCAAGUUGUAGUUGUUGUUCUUUUGCAGGGCUGGAUAACAAAUAUCACACGUCGUGUUAAACCAACCAAGCAUAGAGCUAAUACUUGUUGCAGUCGCUUCAAUUUUUAGUAGAUAGUUUCCUCUGUUCUCUAUACAGUUGGAGCAACACUAAAAUUGUCUCGAUGUGACCCGUAGCUUAUGGGUUAGUUUAGUAAUGAAAUCAGCUGAACCGUAGAUUAUGGGUUAGAGCAGUACUAAAAUCAGCCUUUGAUGCCUUGUCUCAGGGUACACACCCUUGAAGGGUGUCCUCUUUAGUUAGUUUAUGUUAAUUAAUUUCAUCAAGUUUUUCGGUUCUUGUUGUUGUUCUUCUUUUCACUUUUAACUAAAUUCAAGAAUGCAAACUUAUAUAGAAAACAAGUUUAUGGAUUUCAAAUA